AUGGAAAAUAUUAGGCGCGAGGUCUUGGUUGCCUACGAGAGCGAAUAUCGCCGCCUCGCCGAAGUGUACGAGGAGAAGACUCAGCGCAUGCGUGUUCUAAACGAAACGCUGAGAGAUGGCGCCAAUCAGCGUAGCCCAGGUUCCGUCAUGAACAUUGACCAACACCGUUCGGCCCUGCGCCGAUUCGAGACUUUGGCAGGGGAGAUAACGGACCUAGAAAACAGGAUAGACGCGGCACGCGCCCAGGGGCCUCCCCGACAUGCAGAUGGUGCCGAAAAACCUACACAGCUCACAGAGCAGUUACUCCAGCUUUCCGAUAUGCGCCGUAGACUCGAGGAUGCUGCUCGGGAAUUCGGCGAGAUCAUGGGGCAGGAACUGCAGGCCGAGCAUGAUCAGCAGGAAAUGACGGGAGGCCCCGCGCAAACUGCCAAGCUGGAGCUGAGCAUUCUCGAAGCUUCUACAACGUGUACUGCGAUGUUGCUGCAGCAGCUGAGUGAAAAGAUCAAUCGAUGGCGGUUCAUGUCGAGGCAGAUGCCCUCGAGAGUAGGUAUCGCCGACCGUGGCGACCGCGGAGGUGAGAAUGAUGCCCAAAGCGUCCGCAGCGGACUUACAAGAGGCUCCAGGGUCAGUCCCGACCCUGCAAAGGGUCGUUCAGGAGGUCCCUUUGAUGAACCGGGCAUGCUUGUUGCGGACUCGAGUAUUUUUCUCGCAGCCAUGGAAGGCAACGGAGAUAUUGCUUUUGAUGAACCUGGAGUUGUGAUUUUCAGCUGGGCAGGCCGGAACAAUAGCCCUGCUGCUGCUGCUGCUGCUGCUGUACCUGGUGAGCAUUGCGCGCAGUGCCAAGGCCCCUCUGGCGGCGGUCAUGGCUUUCCACAAGGAGGGCUGGGUGGCUCUGGUCCUCCCGGUAGUAUCUUUUGA